AUGCUGCAGAGCCCGGAGUGCCCCCGGCCCGGCCCGACGCCCCCCAAGACCCCGUUCCACAUCGAAGCGCUGCUGGCCCGGGAGCCGCCUCGCCGCGGCCCCGCCGUCCCCGGGAGCCCCGGGCUGGUGGCCCCGCGCUGGCCCCCGGCGGGACCGGGACCGGGACCCGCACCCGGAGUGGCCACGGCUGCACCCCCGGUACCGGCGCUGGGGCCGCUGCCCGGAGCCUGGGGAUGGGGCUGGGGCUGGCCCGGUGCAGGUCUGGAGUUGUCUCACUGUGUCGGGACCAACUCGCUGGGUCCUGCUGGGCCUUGGAGGUCGGGGGGGCCCUGCAAGAUGAAGAGAGUCCGCACAGUCUUCAAACCAGAGCAGCUGGAGCGACUGGAGCAGGAGUUCCUCAAGCAGCAGUACAUGGUGGGCACGGAGAGGGUGGACCUGGCUGCAACUCUGCACCUCACAGAGACCCAGGUCAAGGUGUGGUUCCAGAACCGGAGGAUCAAGUGGAGGAAGCAGAGCAUGGAGCAGAAGGCAGCAAAGCUGUCGCAGUUCGGGGUGAUCCAGCCUGCGAGCGCCGACUCCACGGACAGCAAGGACCACGAGGAGGACACUGUGGACGUGGAGCUUUGAACAGCCGAGGAGAUUGGGCCGGGUUUUGAUGCCUGGGGACGUUUCUGUGCUGCUUUGGUCUAAGCAAGACUGAUCUGAGAGCUGGAGUUACAGGACUAAACUGCAGCUGGCUGGAAGGAGCCCCCGAAUUUCUUUGGCUGCUGUUUGGUAGCCAC